AUGGAGGAGAAAGACACGUGUCCCGGCGUCGGAAAAAUGAGCGCUAGAUUAACCGACGUCGUUCUCGACUGCGUGUUACCGUACGUCCACGAUUCCAAAGACCGAGACGCGAUUUCUCAGGUGUGUAAGCGGUGGUACGAGCUCGAUUCGUCGACGAGGAAGCACAUCACGAUUGCUUUAUGCUAUACCACCACGCCGGACCGGCUCCGCCGACGGUUUCCUCAUCUGGAAUCACUGAAGCUCAAGGGAAAACCUAGAGCGGCGAUGUUUAACUUGAUACCGGAGGAUUGGGGAGGAUUCGUGACUCCUUGGGUUAGAGAGAUUUCGAAAUACUUCGAUUGUUUGAAGUCGUUGCACUUUCGUCGGAUGAUUGUUACGGAUUCUGAUCUUCAGAUUCUCGCUCGUUCACGUCAUCAAAGUCUUCAUGCUCUUAAGCUUGAAAAGUGUUCUGGAUUUUCAACGGAUGGACUUUACUAUAUUUGUCACUCUUGCAAGAAUUUAAGAGUCUUGUUUAUGGAGGAAAGCUCAGUUGAUGAGAAAGAUGGUGAAUGGCUGCGUGAGCUUGCUUUGAAUAAUACAUUUCUUGAGACACUGAAUUUUUACUUGACUGAUAUUAGCAGUAUCAGGAUUCAGGACCUUGAACUUGUAGCAAAAAACUGCCCCAACUUGGUCUCUGUGAAAAUUACUGAUUGUGAAAUCUUAAGUCUAGUAAACUUCUUUCGAUAUGCAUCUUCUCUCGAAGAAUUUUGUGGAGGUUUCUACAAUGAAGAUCCAGAAAAGUAUGCUGCUGUAUCAUUGCCAGCAAAGUUAAAUCGAUUGGGUUUGACAUAUAUUGGAAAGAAUGAAAUGCCAAUUGCAUUCCCUUAUGCGGCCCAACUGAAAAAAUUGGAUCUUAUCUAUGCAAUGCUGGAUACAGAGGAUCAUUGUACAUUAAUUGAGAAAUGCCCCAACUUGGAAAUCCUUGAGUCAAGGAAUGUAAUCGGAGACAGAGGAUUAGAAGUACUUGCCCGUUGCUGUAAGAAGCUGAAAAGGCUAAGGAUCGAAAGAGGCGACGACGACGGUCCAGGAAUGGAAGAUGAAGAUGGUAUUGUUUCCCAGAGAGGACUUAUUGCCCUAUCACAUGGCUGUCCAGAGCUCGAAUACAUGGCUGUUUAUGUAUCUGACAUUACAAAUGCCUCUCUAGAACACAUUGGAACUCACUUGAAAAACCUUUGUGAUUUUCGCCUCGUCUUGCUAGACCGCCAGGAGAAGAUAACUGAUUUGCCACUUGACAAUGGAGUGAGGGCUUUGCUGAGAGGUUGCGAAAAGCUGAAAAGAUUUGCUCUAUAUCUCAGACCCGGUGGUCUAACUGAUGUAGGACUAGGUUACAUAGGACAAUACAGUCCAAACGUGAGAUGGAUACUUCUCGGUUAUGUCGGAGAAACAGAUGCAGGGCUCUUGGAAUUCUCAAAAGGUUGUCCAAGUCUUCAGAAACUUGAAAUGAGAGGAUGUUCAUUUUUCAGUGAGUAUGCAUUAGCUGUUGCUGCAACUAGGCUAACAUCUUUGAGGUAUCUUUGGGUACAAGGUUAUGGAGCAUCAACAUCAGGACUUGAUCUUUUGGCAAUGGCUAGACCCUAUUGGAAUAUCGAGUUGAUUCCUUCUAGACUAGUAACUAAUAAUCAUCAUCCAGCUCAUAUUCUUGCUUAUUACUCCCUUGCUGGACCAAGAUCAGAUUUUCCUGACACUGUUAUACCUUUGGUUCCUGCAACAACAGCAGCAUCCUAUUUUGUUAACAGCACCUUAAAGUCAGUGCUGUUACUUUUGUAA